CUUUUAGUGAACAGGACGUGUUCGAUAACUUGAUAGUUUCCAUCAACAGAUAUUUUUCAUUUUUACUCCAGAUUGUGACGGAAAUACAUAGUUUGAGUCUAAAAAGCAAUGAAGGAUAGAAGAACAGACUACAUGCACAUACUAAUUUGGUACUCUCGGACAAUUUCAUUAUGAGCCUGAAGUUUCAAGGAUUCAAGCACCUUAAAACCUUCGGUCUAUCUGAGACUUGCUAUCGUAGGGGGUUUGUCCACCAUGCAUUGCUCGAGGUACCUCUUUAUUAUCAAUAUCUGUCAUUAAUGCAAAAUGGUGGGAUAAUCUCCACCAAACUGUAGCUCAGUGACCCGGCUUAACGAAUCAAAGGACCUGAACCCAUUAUAUUUAGAAGAGAAUGAUCCUUAUACCUUAUGAAAGUAUGUAGAACCUUCUGUAGCUUCUCGAAGCUGUUGUUGGAUAGAUGUGAUAGAUUGUUCUAUCAUGGAUUGAUGUCAGUUACCAAUGUCGUUUUAUUUGUCAUUUACCCUUACACUUGUAGUUUCGUGUGUGAUAGACUUCUGCCGUAAACAAAUAUUGUAACUUUAAUACUGGACGAAAACAUAACUAUGGAUCGAUCAAUGGAUUGAGAGAGGUGACUUUCACAAGGCCCUGUCAUAUCAAAACAACAUUCACUCGGCUUUCAGGAAUUACCUACUAACCAAUAUAGACAUCUUUUACAUUAGGGACGGUUAUAUACACGCUGGUCAAGUCCUUCCAGCCCAAACUAUUCUACAGCCGUUGCAACAGCCUUUGAUAAUGGAUGCAAACGGUGCCGCUCAACCAACUACGUUCGCUGUUCAGGCUAGCGAUGGUAGCCUGAUUCCCGUUCAACUAGCUACGUCUGCUGGUGGGGGUCAGGUCAUCAUGUUCCUUCCAAGUGCAGCUCAGCAAACAAUAUACACAACUCAACCUAUAGUGUCUGCUGCAACCACUUCUUUAGACGCUAACCUUACAUCGGCCCAAGGGCAGAUUAUAGGGACAACUGUUGAAGACGAAACUCACAUACUUCAACAAUUACAGCAGUCUUCACAAGUCCAAGUUAUUCACCAGACCCAGUCUGGAUUAUCUCAAGCCGUUUCAAACACUCAAGUUGUUCAGGUUUCUAGUCCGCAACCUGAAACUGCUAUAGGUCAGCAGGGAAUGUCCACACAAGCAUCCUCAACAAUAUCACCUGGUCUUACUCCUGGCGGCGAAGAACCUCUUUACGUUAAUGCUAAACAGUACCACAGAAUUCUAAAGCGUCGCCAAGCACGAGCGAAAUUAGAAGCACAAGGUCGCAUUCCGAAGGAAAGACGGAAGUAUCUUCAUGAGUCCAGGCAUAAACAUGCUAUGAACCGCAUACGAAGUUCUGGUGGUCGGUUCUUUUCUGUACCGUCUUAUUCUGAUGCAAAUAACAGUACUGCCUCGACCUCUUCCAGUAAUUCAUCAGCGAUAACAUCCUUCCAAACAAAUGAGGAUUGUAAAACUAAGAUUUUGUCUAACUGAUAUCCUAAUUGUACGCUGCUAAUUUCCUCAUGGAUUCAACUUGUUGACAAUCCGGAAAACGAUCCACCCUACUUAGAUAUUAAAAUAUGUUAAAUUACUACAAACUGGAGUACUAAGUAUAUUCACAUUAUUGCCUGGAUAAACAUUGGUAAUGAUUAUGUGACUUUUGGAGAUGCCCAUAUUGAUUAUCACGUCAUUAUUAUCAUUGUUACCAUAACCUCAGUUCUGUACACAUCUAUUUUCUAUAUAGUAUUUCCUAUAUUUUCCCCAUGCUUGUCUGUAAAUAUUUAUUACGACUUGAAACUUUUUCCCAUGAAGUUGAAUCUUUUGUUUUAACUUUACUGUCUUUAUAUUUACGAUACUAAUGAUCUAAUUUACACAAAGAUAAAUACACUCGUUUUUCUUUUUUAUUAGAAGAAAAUAUUUUUUC